GAACUUGGGCGGCGCGACCUGGAACUCCACCCGCUUGUGCGCGACCUGACGGACAACUUCAACGUCCAGGGGCAGUGCUUGGCGUGAGUUAAUGGGUGGUGGUGGUCAAGGCGCCCAAGAGUUCCACACCGCCCAAAGGUUAGAUCAGGCCCGUUGCCGGCCCGGCAAAAGCCCACUUGAAUCGAGUCCCGUCGUCCUUUUGACCCUUGGCUUGGCCGACGACCAACGUCAUCGCGUGUGCAGGCAGCCCUGUGGAGCACUCAGCGAUGGAGCUUCGAGGUCCCGUCCCGCCCGUCGCCGUGAUUUUGUAAGUGGGCCGACUUUCGAGGUCCCGUCUUUCACUCGGCCUCGGCGCAUCUCCCCCGAGCUUACUGUACUCCGUCGCAUCAACCGCCUCCGGUCCGUGCAACAUCAGAUUUUACCAACUCGUUCCAAGUCUUCCUCCAACACGCAAGACCGAAAAGACCGUCACAGCCCAUAAUGCUUCGUCCAGCAACCAGGCCAGCCCUCGCGGCCACCAGACAGGUCCGGCAAUGCGCCGCGCGCUUCUUUUCCUCGCCUGAUACCAGCUCCUCGCAUGUCCACAGCCCCUCCACAACCCCCGAGACCAACCCAGCACCACCACCACCAAACUCUAGGUCGUCGACAAGUUCUUCCAAGGGUAAAAAACCACUCACUGCCGAGCAGCGCGCCUUCCUGUCGUCCGCCCUCCGCGUAAACCAGGCCGGCGAGCUCGCCGCCACCCUCAUCUACACGGGGCAGACCCCGCCUCUCGUAUCCCGGGACCCCUCGCUGCGCCCGCUCAUGAAGCACAUGUACGACCAAGAGGCGGCGCAUCUGCGCACCUUCAACGACCUGAUCUACCGGCACCGCGUACGGCCCACGGCACUGUACCCGCUCUGGUCCGUCAUGGCCACGGGUUUAGGCUGGGGCACCGCCAUGCUGGGCAAGGAGGCAGCCAUGGCGUGCACCGAGGCGGUGGAGACGGAGAUUGGCGGCCAUUAUAAUGCGCAGAUCCGUAAGCUGUUGGAGAUGGUAAGCGAGUGGGAGGCUGAGGGGUAUGAGGUUGGCGCAGAGUUCAGGCAUCUGAUCAACACGUUGAGGAGGAUACGGGACGAGGAGCUGGAGCACCUGGAUCAUGCGGUUGAACAUGAUGCGCAGAAGGCGGAGCCGCACUGGCUGUUGACGGGGGUGAUUAGGGCGGGGUGCAGAGGUGCCAUUUGGGUUAGUGAGAGGGUGUAAACAGGGGGUUUUCUUUGGGGUUGGCACGUGAAGGGGAAAAAGUUGAUUUUGGAGGAGUAUUGUGUCGAUGAAGAUAACAACGAAUUCAUAAGGGGAGAAGGCCUUUCUAUGAGCAUUAGCAUUAUGUUCUGCAAAGCACGGAUUACAGACCGGUCCGUUUGUACUAUU